ACAACAAAUUCCAAACUGAUGAUGCAAACAAAACAGCAUUAGUAAAUUGCAUUAAAUUUUCUCAAGUCCACUCUAACUCUCCUAACAAAAGAAAAAAAACCACACCUCACCAAACCCGUAUAUAACUCCAACUGCAUCAAAUUAAACCAAAACCUUAAAAUUCCAUCUGAUACCUCUAACCGCCAUGAACGACGAUCAAAUCCCGUUGCUAGACAUCCAUAACCUCAAGGUUAUAUCACCCUUAGGCAGAGGAGCUAAAGGCGUAGUCUUCUUAAUACAAAACGACGCCGAAUUACUCGCUUUGAAAGCCAUUUCCAGAGCUUCAAUCAAGCGUAAGCUGAACAACAACAACAACAACAACAGUGACGGAGCUGAGUACAAGCGAAUCUUCUUCGAGCAAGACGUAUUGCGACGGUUUCAACAUCCGUUGUUACCGAAACUCCACGGUAUACUAUCUACUCAAAAUAUCGUCGGAUACGCCAUUGAUUACUGUCCAGGACGAGAUCUCAACUAUCUCCGUAACAAACAGACUGAGAAGAUAUUCUCCGAUGACGUCAUCAGGUUUUAUGCGGCUGAAUUAGUACUCGCAUUGGAAUAUCUUCACAAAUUAGGAAUUGUUUACAGAGAUCUAAAGCCGGAAAACGUUAUGAUACAACAAAACGGACAUCUAAUGCUUGUAGAUUUCGAUCUCUCAACAGAACUUUCUCCGUCGACAAACGGCACAGCUUUAACGAAAUCCGAUCCGCUAACGUCCGUCAACAAACGGAAAAAGCGGUUAUCAAAGCUAUACACGUGUUGUCAAUGUCAUACCGCUACGAAUGAAGACUCGGUGCAUCCAGCCGAGUCAGUGAGCUCAGAACCGAGUUGCAAAAAGACAAACUCGUUCGUCGGAACGGAAGAGUACGUGGCACCGGAGAUGAUACAAGGCAACGGUCACGAUUUCGCGGUGGAUUGGUGGUGCUUCGGCGUCGUUUUGUACGAAAUGGUUUACGGAACGACGCCGUUUCGUGGAGCGAAUAGGAAGGAGACGUUUUACCGGAUUUUGUGUAAGUCGCCGGAGAUUGCCGGAGAACCGUCGCCGUUGCGGGAUUUGAUCGGAAAGUUGUUGGAGAAGGAUCCGAAACGGAGAAUACGGGUUAUGGAAAUCAAAGGUCAUGAUUUUUUUAAAGGCGUUGACUGGGAAAAAGUCUUGCAGAUGAUGAGGCCACCGUUUAUACCUGGACGGUUCGAUGAGGGGUGCACGGAUGGUAAAAAAAUAAUUGAUGUAGAGGAUUUUGUUCAACAGGUGUUUAAGGUGGAUGAUGACGUCAUCGGUGAGGUCACGGAGAAGAUGGUAGAUGAACAGAAUUCUGCCAAGAAUUUUUGGGUUUUUUAAGUUUUAAACUUGUAAUUUAGGAUGGUGAUUGUUAAAUACUUUUCGGUUAAUAUUUUAAUGAGCUGGCCGUUCGAAAAAAGAAAAUUUAAUGCAAAGACUAUUUUAUCA